UAACAUGAGAUUCAUUUGUUAUGAGAGUGAUAAGAAUAUAUACGGUAUCAGUAUCUAAUCAAUCAAGAGAGAUCAUUGUCGAAAGAACACAUAAAAACGUAAACAAAAGGCCAACGAGCGUUACUAGCAGUGAAGUACAAUCACCGAAUCUAAGGUGAUCCAGGAAAGGUAACAUGGAAGAGCCUUUACAUGAGGUACCCCAAAACCUCCAGAUGCUUGUACGUCUGGUGGUGAGAGGAUUUUACACCAUUGAGGACAUUCUAAUAAUAGACAUGCUUGUCAGGAACUUUUCCAAGCACCAGUGAAAAAGAUCGCCUCUUCUGGGGAACCUGGAAGAGCCUGGUCUGGGGAUGCCACUAAGAAAUCUGGAUUCCAGGUGGAAGGCUCCAUUGAUGUAAACAUUAAUGCAGAAGGAACAGGGGAAGAAACAGUACAAGCCAAGGAAAAACCUAUUUGGCUUUCAGAUGCCACAUCACUCAUCACAACAAAUAUUACUUCCUUGGAGCCGUCAGUACCACAGAAUGAGAUCAAGAGCACACCAUCAGCCAGUAACAACCAGCAACCAUCUAAUGGAGGUUCAGAUGAUGUCAUGAUGCUGCUCCAGGCUCAUGAACGAAAAUCCAAAAAGGGCGGUGGACGUAACUCAGACAGUGAUUCUGAUGACAGUGAUGAAGCUGCAGUAGCAACUAAAAAUGAUCCAACUACAGCUUUUGGCUUAGAUUCCAGAGUAUCGGACACGGAAAUCAUGGACUCAGAGGAAGAUGAUUCAGUGCCCAUGGUGAGUGUGGCAGGAACAAAGGUGGCUAUUACAGAAGUGGACAACACCCUUAUCUCAAAGAUGACUCAAGAGGAAAAGAAUGCAUACAUGCUAACCUACCAAGAUUAUGUGGGUUCCUUAGAUGAUUAAGCACAUCACAUUAGUUGAUUCUUUACUCCCUAGUAUCAGGUAAAGACUUAUUUAUGAAUGUGGAGUGGAGGGGGGGGGGGGGGGUAUCAGCACCCAAGUGCAUAAGUCUGUUACUUUUUUGUUUUCUGGCAUUAGCAAGAAACACCUUGUUAUAUGUAUUUUGUAAAACAUUGCCCAGCUGUCUCUUAAGCAUUUUUUCCAUUCUAGAAUCCUUUAUGUUUGGUAAAUUUUGUCACUCCUUGUGCAGGUAUUUGAUUAUUAGUGAUUCAAGUAUGUAAGAGCCUGAAGUGAGUGAAUCAUUAGUAAAUCCAAUGCAAUAAUAUACAGGUGAUCCAUUAGUAUAGUUAGUUUAUAGCUCAAACAAUUUUGCAUUCUGCUAAAUAACAUUCCCUUCCUCCUUAUGUUUGUGAAUUAAAUUCUUUAAUGUGACAUUUGUGUCAGAGUGGCAUGUCUUUACUUUAGAAUCAGUUGGAGAUGUAUGGUUUUUAUUUCUUUAAGAAUUAGAUUUUUGUUAGACUAACUGUAUUAAUCCUAGUGCCAUUUUUCAAAUUGAUAAAGCUGUUGUAAGUAAAUACGUAACUGAAAUAAAGCUUAUGUGACGUAUGGCUAGUUUGUGGCACUUGCUCUAAAGUGAAGUUGUAUCUGAGCAUAUUGUUUAGAAUGCAGUUGAUGUACAUCAGCUUUGAUAGACAAAAGGAAUGGUCUGAUAUAUAUAUCAGAAUGAUUUAAUGAUAUAUGUGUAUGAAGUUUUCCAAAGAUUUAUUUUAAUAAACAGUUUUUGACAACAGGA